GUUCACUUCCUAUAGGGACUGAAAACCAAGUGAGGAGAUGAAGGAUUACUCCAUACUAUGCCAAAGAAUACACGGAGGAUAGACACUGCAGGUAGAUCCUGACCAUUACCCAAGGAACAACUACAUAAUUGUGAGAAGACAUCCAGAUACUUCACAGCGCUGCUCAGCACUGAGAAGGUAGCACAGUGAAACCAUUAUCUCGAAACUGGUCAGGUCAGGGGUGCUUUGUCAUAUCACCAGAUCGGAUACUGGUCAAUGUUGUGGGGUGUUACAUCAGAAGCAGCCUUUCUGAACGAUUGGCUGCGGAUGAUCGGUCAAGAUGAGGUUGAGAAGAAGUGUGACUGUCUCCAAGUGUGGUGAGAGCUUCAACCAUUCAUUGAGCCUCAUGAACACUGAUUCAUUCCUAUAGGAGAGGGUCUGUUCAAGUGUGAGGUAUGUGAAGAGGGUUCCACAGUCUUUGUGGAUACAAGUUCAUAAGUGUGAACACAAAAUGAGCAUCAUGGAAGAGAAAACCUUCAAGUGUGAGGUGUGUAGCCGAGCCUUUGCACACUCAUCAACGCUGGUGAAUCACAGACGCAUUCACACUGGUGAGAGGCCAUUCAUGUGUGAGGUGUGUAACCACGGAUUUGCACAGUCCUCAGGCCUGGUGAAACAUCGGCGCAUUCAUACAGGGGAGAAACCAUUCACGUGCAACGUGUGUGACAAAUCAUUCUCGCAGUCAUCGAAUCUUCGUGUGCACCAACACAUUCACAGUGGGGAGAAACCGUUCAUGUGUGAGGUGUGUAACAAGUCAUUCUCUCGGUCAUCGCCCUUCCUCCUACACCAGUACAUUCACACUGGAGAGAAACCAUUCGUGUGCAAAGUGUGUGACAAAUCAUUCUUGUCAUCCUCUGAUCUCCGCAUACAUCGACGCAGUCACACGGGAGAGAAGCCGUUCACAUGCGAGGUGUGUGAGAAAGCAUUCUCAUCAUCAUCAGAUCUCCGUAAGCACCAACGGGUUCACACUGGACUGAAAACUUUUACCUGUGAGGUGUGUGACAAAUCCUUCUUGGAGUCAUCGAACCUCCGCAAACAUCAACGAAUCCACAGAGGGGAGAAACCAUUCAAGUGUAAGGUUUGUGACAAGUCAUUCUCUCAAUCAUCGAAUCUCCUAGUCCAUCAGAGGAUUCACACAGGUCUGUAAUACUUCACGUGGACUAAUACUUCACAGGGAGUAACCUUUUCAGUAUGUGAUUUGUCAGUGCAAUCCCUGGUCUACCAGCGCACUGAGGGAAGAGAGAAACUCUGUUUGUAUUGAAGUUCCUGGACCUCCUGGAACAUUUGUGAAUGCGCUCUAGGAUCUACCUAACCAACUUGUCCGUGGUGUGUGAACCAUGUACACAGUCUCACAUUGCAGGGUGUUCAGUGGGACUGGGACACAACAAGAAGCAGCUUUCACUCCCAUCAAACACCUAGUGAUGACAUCACCAGUGCUGAGGGAUUAUGAUGUCAACAAUGGAGCCACCCUGCAGUGUGAUGUCAGUGACACAGGACUUGGAGCAAUCCCCGUGCAGUGAGGGCAACCCGUUGGGUUUGUAUCCAGUUAACACAGACUGAACAAUACAGUAUCCAAGACUGAAAAAGACAGUCUGACUGUUAUCUUUGUGUGUGAGCAUAUUAACAAGUACCUGUUUGGGAGAGGGCUCAUGAUUGUGCAAUCUGAAUACAAGCCAUUUCAAAGCAUUUUUUUCAAACCACUUCUACCUCUUUCAAAGCAUUUGCACAGGACAUUAAUUUGUUUGAAGAAAUUUCACUUGAUAGUCAACUCCAAGCAAAUAA